UAUUGUAGCAAAGUUCAUAGCACGGCAUGGAAAUGAUGCAAGGUUGGAUCGACUUGGGGACCAAGUUGGGUCUGGAGGACGAGGCAUUACAGGACUUUGUCAAGGAACAGCAGGACCGCGAACGUGAGGAGAGAGCGGCUGUUAGAGAGGAGCUCCGACUUAAGGAGGAGAGGGAGCUAAAACUAAUGGAGUUAACGGUACAGGAGAAGACCGAGGCGGUAAGACUCCAAACUAUGGCGAGAGGGAGAGAGGAAGGGAAAGCUAGAUUGGGAAGGUACAAUCCCAAAUUACCUCCCUUUGAUGAAACAAAGGAUGAUUUGGACUCCUACCUAAGGAGAUUUGAAACUUUUGUGUUAGCACAGGGCUGGGAUGAGGAGAACUGGGCGGUGGCUCUUAGUACAUUACUAAAGGGAAAGGCCUUGGAAGUUUUCUCAAGGUUGUCGCCAGAGACAGCUCUGCACUAUCGUUUGCUUAAGGAAGCAUUAUUGAAGCGGUUUGACUAUACAGAGGAUGGAUUUCGUAAGAAAUUUCGUGAGAGUAGAGUAGAUGAUAGAGAGACUUUUUCACAGUUUGCUGUGCGUCUGGAAAAUUAUUUUACUCGUUGGUUAGAUAUGGCCAAGUGUAGCAAGACAUAUGACGCGUUGAAAGAUCUUGUUAUUCGCGAACAGCUGCUUAUGUUGUGUCAAAAGGAACUAGUUAUAUUCCUUAAGGAAAGGAAACCAGAUUCAAUAGAACAGCUUUCACUACUGGCAGACCAGUUCAUGGAAGCUAGAAGACAACCAGCCAAAAACUUUAUGGUAAGGAAUUCUCCCUUCAGUAAACCCGUGACUCAACAUACCAGCAAUGCUAAUGGGGGCCCUAACCGAUCCAGUGGAAAUCCCUCUACAGGAAAUAGGAACACAAACCCUACGUACACGGAUACUAGGAAGUGUUUCAACUGUCAAGGUAUUGGUCACAUCGCGGCUAAGUGUCCCAAUAGAGGAACAAAGGGGAAGUCUAUGGCAAUACAGAGUCCAGAACCAAGUUUACCAGUGAAGAGUGGGUUGUUGGGAGACUGUAAAGUCAGUGUACUGAGAGAUACGGGAUGUAGUGGCAUAGUCGUGCGCAGUAACUUGGUAGGAAAGUCUCAAUACUUGGGUUACAAUAAGACCUGUAAGUUGGCUGAUGGUACUGAAUUAACCCUUCCUGUAGCUGAGGUGUAUAUAUGCUCUCCAUUUUUCACAGGAAAGGCCGAAGUAUGGUUGAUGGAGAAUCCUGUGUAUGAUGUGUUGAUAGGAAACGUACAAGGGGCAAAGGAGCCAGACAUACCAGAUGUGGUUGCAGCAGUACAGACACGAGCUCAGAUUCGGGAACAACAGCAGGGUACAAAACCUCUGAAGGUUCCACCUCUUCUAAAGGAAGUCGCUUCGAGAACGGACAUGAUCCAAGCACAGAUGGAUGACCAGUCAUUAAAAAACCUUCAUGAUCUUGCCCGACAGGGAAAGAUAAAGGAAACUCCUAAUGGGAAUGUUUCUUGUUUUACAUACCGGAAAGGUCUGCUGUAUCGGAAGAUAGAGAAACUAGGGGAAAUAACCCAUCAGGUGGUGGUGCCUAGUCCAUUCAGAGAAGCUGUCCUACAACUAGCACACGACGGCAUCAUGGCGGGGCACAUGGGAAUCAAAAGGACUACUGAGAGAGUCAUGUCGGGAUUCUUUUGGCCUGGAUGUAAAAUAGAUGUAUCUAGAUACUGUAAAUCGUGUGACAUAUGCCAACGAACCAUACAGAAAGGACGUGUUAACAAAGCACCGCUUGGAGAAAUGCCAAUCAUAGGGCAAGCUUUUGAAAGGGUAGCAGUAGAUUUAAUUGGACCUCUGAUUCCUGCUUCAGAUAGAGGACACAGGUACAUAUUAACUCUUGUAGACUUUGCAACCAGAUAUCCAGAGGCUGUACCUUUAAAGAAAAUUGACACAGAAAGCGUGGCGGAUGCAUUGCUUGACAUAUUUAGCCGUGUUGGGGUCCCCAGAGAAAUCCUCAGUGAUCGAGGCGGACAAUUUACCUCGGAAAUGAUGGCUGAAGUUAGUAGGUUGCUUUCCAUGAAGCAGCUAGUUACUACGCCUUAUCACCCAGCAUGCAACGGCUUAGUCGAGAGAUAUAAUGGCACACUGAAGUCAAUGUUGAAGAGGAUGUGCACGGAACGUCCAAAAGAUUGGGACCGUUAUGUAAGUCCACUUCUUUUUGCGUAUCGCGAGGUACCGCAGGAGUCAUUAGGGUUUGCGCCAUUUGAACUCCUUUUUGGCCGGACAAUACGAGGACCUAUGGAAAUCUUAAGAGAACUCUGGACCAAGGAUGUUGAUAACUCGGAAACCAAAACCACUUAUCAAUACGUGCUUGACCUGAAAGAAAAGCUAGAAGAAACGUGCCAGCUAGCGCGAGAAAAUCUUACGCGAGCAAGGAGAGUACAGAAGAAACAGUACGACAGAAAUGCCAGGAGGAAAGACCUCGGAGAAGGCGACAAGGUACUAGUUCUACUACCUACAAAAAGUAACAAACUCGAACUGCAAUGGAAGGGACCUUUUCAAGUUGUCAAGGCAACCAAUUUGGACUACAAAAUUGACAUGGGUAAUAAAAUCAAAACUUUUCAUGCAAACAUGCUUCAGAAGUAUGUGGAGAGAGAGACAGCUCAGACUACAUAUAGCAGACAGCAGGAAAAAGGAAUUUUAGCUUCGGUGUCAUUGUCUGUUGUUGAGGAAACGUCUGAGGAGGUUUACCCUAUUCCAAUGCCAGGAAUAGAGUCAUCAGAGUCGGUAGAGGAUUGUCAUGUGUCAGAGACGCUUGAGGAUACAGCUCAACAACAAAUGAGGUCAUUACUACAGGAAUUUAGUGAUGUUAUGACGGAUCUUCCUGGCUGUACACCAUUAACGAAACAUGACAUUCGGACAACUACAGAUCAGCCUGUAAGGGUGAAACCCUACCCGGUGCCAUAUCAGGUGACCGAGACAAUUAAAAGGGAGCUUCAUAAAAUGUUGGAAAUGGACAUUAUAGAGAAAUCAGAUUCUGACUACAGCUCACCUGUCGUUCUGGUACGGAAAAAGGAUGGAACGUGUCGGUUCUGUGUGGACUACCGUCAAUUGAACAAGAUAACCAUCUUUGACGCGGAACCAAUGCCAUCGACAGAGGACUUGUUUGUAAAGUUGGCCAGAUGCAAGUACCUAAGCAAGAUAGACUUAAGCAAGGGAUAUUGGCAGGUGCCUAUGACGGAUCAGGCAAAACGACGUAGUGCAUUUACAACACCCAUGGGUCUUUAUCAGUUUAAGGUGAUGAGUUUUGGGUUAGUCAACGCACCUGCAACUUUUAGUCGGCUAAUGAGGAAGGUGUUGGAAGGAAUGAAUGACUUGGAUAAUUUCCUGGAUGAUAUACUGGUGUUCACAGUCACAUGGGAGGAACACCUCGAAAGCCUACACAGCCUACUCCAACGCUUGCGGGACUCAAAACUCACAGCAAGGCCAACGAAAUGUUUCUUUGGUUACGAGGAGCUGGAAUGCUUAGGACACAUGGUGGGACAAGGUACACUACGACCUGUGGCAGAAAAACUUGAUUCCAUUCAGCGAGCACCUGUACCCUCGACAAAACGGCAAGUGAGAUCAUUUAUCGGACUAGCCAGCUACUACCGCAAAUUUAUUCCAAAUUUUGCAGCUAUUGCCGUCCCCCUUACAGAUCUUACCAAAAAGGGAAUGCCCAACAAAGUGAUAUGGGAGGUUGCACAAGAGGAAGCGUUCAACACUCUCAAAGAACUGCUUAUGUCGGAACCAGUAUUACGUCUGCCUGAUCUUGACAAGGAGUUUACACUUAGAACAGAUGCAUCAGAUCUGGGUCUAGGGGCAAUACUACUCCAAGAAUGUGAUGGAAAAUUUCACCCGAUUGCUUAUGCCAGCAGAAAACUGUUACCUAGGGAACGCAGAUAUGCGGUCAUGGAGAAGGAGUGUCUGGCCUUGGUAUGGGGUGUUAUGAAAUUCCAGCGAUACUUGCUUGGCAAGGAAUUUUGUGUAGAGACAGACCACCAACCAUUGACUUGCCUCAGCAAAAGCAAGGUAGCGAAUGCAAGGAUCAUGAGGUGGGCCAUGCUCCUGCAACCAUUUAGGAUGAGGAUUAAGGCAAUCCCAGGCAGAGACAAUGUCGGUGCAGACUUUCUGAGUCGGGCUAUGAACGAAUAGUGUAGUUGCCAUUAUACAGUGUAGUUGCCAUUAUACAGUAUGUUGCCAUUAUACAGUAUAGGUGGAAGUAGACAGUGACUUACCAUUUUAGAUGGACAUUUUUUAUAUGGUAUGUCAAGAUGGGGGUUAAGAUGCUUUGUUUGUAUAUAUAGAAGUAGUGGAUGCUACUUAUUCACAGCAUUGAUCAUAAGGUACACACAUACUCUAGAAAGGGGGAAGUGUCAAGAUAUGACAUGUGGGUAGUUACCCUUUUAAUCAGAUAUAGAUUGAACUACGAUUUUACCGUAAAUAUAAAUAGUGUUACUUUACGUGAUUUGAAUUUACCCGCCUAAAAUCCAGACCGUGGUUUAGAAUGUAUAUACCUGUUGCCACGGGGUUCACUUGUAUAAAACCGGGUGGGAGGUUUUAGCCAAUCAGAAUUAAGAUAGGCCGAUCUCCGGGCAGAGGAGAAAAACACGAUCCACCUGGGCGGCACGUUGCUGAAAGCAGCAACAAGAGUAUGGAGAUAUUUCAUUGUUUCACUAGUAUUUGACCAUGGAAAUGCUCCGUGGAGGCAGAGUGAUGGGGUGAACGUGAGGAUGGGGACCUGACCAGGACAGCGGGGCAUGACUUAGGCCAGUAUCAGCUUUAGGCAUCUUCAUGGGCGAACGACCUGUAUACUGUGGCAGUUUGAGUGUACGUCGUACAGCUGACCACACGGACCAUCCCUCUACGGCUCAUAUAUCUAUGCGGCACUCCAACGUAGGCGGCGAUACACCUGGGGUUCACGCACCGAGACUCUCUCAUCUUGCUGGAAUGCGGUAACCAAUACAGUGGCUUCCAAUAUGUGAUGUUCUGAACUGAACUGUGUAAUUGAACUGUGUACUGGAACUAAUUACAACCAUUUAUUCUACGGACACGGAAUUGAGUUGAAUUAUGUGACAUUCUAGGGUAAAUUGAAUAGAAUUCUAAUAUUAAUUCAUGAAAAGUAUUCAUGGUAAGGUUAUACGCAGGCUAGUCAAUAGUUUAUCAUACUGGUAAUUUUGUAAUAUGUGGUAAAAGACGUUGUGUACGUUUGCUCUAGUCAUAUUGUAUCAUUGAAAUACUUAGUGGCCACAGCAGCCAGUAUUGUUAUUUUUCCUAUCUGGCGUGUGGAAGUAAAUCAUUAGGGAUGGAAUUCCUGAUAUUAUAGUACUUUACUUAUGUUGAAUAUUUGUAUAUAAAUUGUUACUUGAAAAUUUA